AUGAAUGAUGAUGAAUCACCAAGAAAUGGCCGUAGUAGCGGCUUUCUCUUGCCAAAAUCAAAAGGAAAGGGGAAGGAGAAAGCCCUGAGUGAUUCACUGGACGAUAUUUCUUCAAUGCGCAACUUUCGUAACCAGGCGCCACUGUCAUUCUCCUCUGAAUUGCCUGGGUCACCACGUUCUCCUCCUACUUCGCCUUCGCGACGCUCCAGAGGCAGCUUACUCGUCGUUGCAUCGGACGCCUUGGGCUUCAAAUUUGGACGUCGCCGAAAGUCCAUUCGCCAAUCUCCUAUGCCCAUCAUACUUCCCGGAGUCAUAGAAAUCAGUGCCCCGCGCCCAGACGCUGAGCUCGAGGAGCGUCAGCAGCUCAGGGAUGCCGCAGCUCAAGCAAUAGGACUGACUUCGUCUCUAUUACAGCCUGAUCCACCACCACCGCCCUUGGAGGAAGAAGAGCCAGAGGACCGUCAAGAAUACCUUAUACAGCCGGAAGUGCAGACUGCGGAAAGUGCCGCAGUGCCCAGAUCUCCACAGCAGUCUGUGUUCUCUUUACCCGUUUCUGCACCGUUUCUUUCUCGCACUCAAGCUGCAUCCAUGCUCACCCAUAGUCGCUCAAAUUCCAUUGCUCCUACACCCAUUCCGCCAUUUCCUUCUUCUCCUGCCGCCCUGUCCCAAUUCGUACAGACCUCGGCCUCCCUGCCGAAGUAUUAUGCACCUCCUUCUCUUCGAAUAUUCGCCCUGUCUAAGCAAUGGAGGAGCCGCUAUCUAGUACUGUCUUCUCCCGCGACGCAUGUAACAACCAAUUCAAGCCCCACUGUAUCAUAUCUGCAUCUCUUCAAAACAUCAAAUGGCGAGGACAAGGAGCUGGAGCGGCUCGAAAUCAAUGAAGAUAGUGUCGUCUUUAUGGCGGAAGAAGAAGUCGGUGGACGGAAACAUGUCAUCAAAGUUGGCGGCGUUGACGUCGGUGCGUUGAAGAAGGACCUAAACCCUGAAGAGGGCGGUCGAACAAUGUGGUUUCUGCAAAUUGUCAAUCAAGCCGAGUCUCAAAGAUGGAUUACGAAUAUCAAGCAGUUGAUAUUCGGUCAGCGGGCUGUACGGGCAGGCUUAGGGUCUCCAGGCAGUACUUACGGAAUUGUAGAACCUAAAGGUGACAUGGAUGUGAUGCUCUCAAUGCGCGCCCAGGGCAUCGUCAAUUCAUCUACACAGAACAAACUUAAUGUGCAGGAGUUCCACCGUUCUGGCCUGUCCCUAGGACGAGUAGACCAAACGUACUCUUCAGCAUCCUCAUCUCAGUCUACACGCUCACAGACGCCUGCAGCAAAACCUGCUCCUGCCGGUGCCGUGUCAACUCUCAAGGGUCUGUUCAGUACGACACGACCGCGCUCCGGAUCACGCUCGACUUCCAUCGACUCUGAGAGGGAUGGUAAUAAUCCCACGGAAGAUUCAUUUGCCUCCAUGGGAAGUAAUCUUCUCAGCAUGUCUUCUCAGUAUCCAACAACAUCUACAACUCUCGGAACACCGAUUAUAUUACCUCAGGAUCUGGAGCGAAAGAUCGUGGACACCGAUACACUAACAAACUCGUGGAUUCCGCCCACAUCCAUAGUGAAUAAAGAUAGGGCUACUCGUGCGCUUUCAAUGGGUGCUGUUCCUUUACAACCACCCCCACGCAAGCGAUGGACUACCUCGGGUGCCCCGUCGUUAGACAUGGGGUCCUUCAGUCAGUUUAAUGGUAAGAAUGAGCCCGGCGCUCUCAUUUCCCAUGACCGUUCGGGUACCGAACCCCUUCCCAGCCCGCUUGCCAACGGUCAUCUGUUUGGAACACCCGAGCAAAAAGCCCGAGAGCCGUCUAUUUUGUCUGUCUCCACGCUCGCAUCUGGGGAACAUUCGUCAAGUACGAGUACGAAGAGGAGCUCGAGCGUCAAGCGAUGGUCACGACAGCUACCAAAACGUCUGACGCCUCCAAGUGGGCCGCCACCCGCUAUACCUUCGAGUCAGUCGCCUUCGCGACCACACCCAUAUGCAGCUGGUGUAGUUGACAGAUCGGACAGACCGACCAGCCGGAACUCGUAUUCUGCGACGAGCGGCAAGAGCCUUGUAUCUACCCUCCCUACUUUUUCAAAGCGCGCAUCUGGGUGCUCUGCAUUGAGCGUCAAUACUACCAGCACGUCAUAUUCUUAUAACAGUGCAUCAGUAUCUCAUACACGACCUGCAUCAUCUCACCGUGCCUCUAUGCCACCUCCACGACCGGCGCCUACUACUGCUCUUCCUCCCGCCCCGGAUCAGAGACACCAACGUGACUCGACCAGUCGCGGAUUCAGGCUGUCAUUGAUGGCCCCAAAACCUCCUCCUGUGGGUCAGCUCCCACCUCGUCCGGACGAGACAGAACGUCGGUCACGUCGAGCUAGCGCUGGCGUGUCCAUGAAAAGCGAUUUGUAUACUAUUCCAUCUUCACCUAAUCCUGCGAGCGCCCCCCUUCCUCCACCGGUUCGUCCACUUCCCGAGCCACCUUUGAAUGAAUUGCCUGCUUCUGCUCCUCCGGCUUCACGUGCCACUUCAUUUAAGCAACGUCUUCGCAUUCUGAGUGCGCCUUCGCCUCUACAUAUCAGUAACGGAUUCCAUACCCCAUCGCCACGAUCACGUCAUUCUACCAUCUCUCCACCGCAUACGCCCUUGUCAUAUAUAUCCACGUCGUCACCAUCAACACCUAUCAACGAGAAAAUCACUUAUAUGCAGAACGACCACAGCUAUCUGCAACUAUACACGCCUAUCACGUCCUCGAUGCCCGUUCCCAAGAUGCCUACGCCAACGGUUCAUGUUCCCAUCAUUAUCGAUGACGAGCCGCAACUGAGAUCUUUGUCACCCCCUCCUCGCCGUAUAUCGAAGCAAGUAGCAGUCCCGGAAAAGGAACCUGUAGCUGUUCCUCAAGAACGCAGUGUAACCAUCUUACCGGAGAACAUUCCUCUACCCCAUUCACGCUGUGGUUCGGUUGUCUCAUUGGGCAUUCUAACCAUGUAG